AUGCAGGAGCUGUUUCGACUUUGCUGCUUCAUCGGCUCCCGCUGCUUCUCCCACAGAGUGGGAGCAGCAGCAAAUCCAAAUGCUUUUGAUGUAACUCCGCCGCUGCCACCUGCCGUGGAUUUGCUGAACCAGGCUCUGGCUGUUGCUGCUGCUCCUGCUGCCGCUGCUGCUGCGCCUGCUGCUGCUGCGGCCACGGGAGACGCCAGGGAGGACUUCGCAGCGCACAGCGCUGCAGCAGCGCAGCCGCCCACCGCACCAACAGCAGCAGCAGCAGCAGCAGCAGCCGUGGCGCCGGCUGAAGGCAUUGCAAGCAGCAGCAGCAGCAGCAGCAGCAGCAACGGGGAGGCCGCGCUGCUGCAGGAGCUGCGGCGACGUCUGGUGCUGCAGCUGCAGCCACCCUCCCUGCGGGCCCCGUGCUGCAUUGCAGAAGCAAAUAAAGAAAUUGCCAAACGGAAGCUUUUAGCUGCUGUGGCUUCUCCCACAGACCCUGAAGAAGUUGCUGCUGUUUUUGGCCUUGCUGCGCUGCUCAUGCAGUGUGCAGAUCUGAAGCAGCUCAACAGAAGAAGUCCUUUGUCUGCUCUUUUUCUUCAAACCCUAACAGAUGAGCUGCAGGGCAGUCUCGCCCAGGCCCUGAGCAGCGCCGCCCCGCAGGGUUUCAUCUCCCGCUAUUUGCUGCUGUCGCUCUUUGAGUGGCUGCCGCUGCGGCUAUUCCCAGGAGCAGCAGGGCCGCUGCGGCGGCUGCUGCUGGAGGAGCUGCAGCGGCAGCAAGUGCUGCAGAGCGACCGCAGAACCCUCAGGGCUUUGGGUGCUGCUUUGGGCGCAGCUCUGGCAACAGAAACAGCAAAGUUGGAUGCCAUCAUGCCUCCCCCAAACGCCGGGGUGUUUGUGUCUCGGGAGCGGGAAGCCUCUGGGCGAGUGGCCCACAUGAAGCGACUAGCCUUUUUGCUGCUGGCAGCUCCCGAGGGUUUCUUUACUGCCCAUGUGGCUUUGCUGCUGGAGAGACUCACUGAGGCGCUCAAACCCUCCUACCCUGCUGCAGUCUCCGUCGAAAUCACCAUUCAG